AUGUUAAAAUUUUAAAGAAUCUGUCUAAGAUAAUUUAGUUAAAAAAAAAUAUUAACCGAUGAAUAAGUAAAAGAAGGUUUGAGACCAAUUUUAAUGAAGGAAGGAUACUUUGAAGAUGAUUAAUAUUUAUAUUAUAUAGAUAGAGAUAGUAGAGUCAGAAAAGUACCAAGAGAAUACUAAAAAAGAGAGUAAAUAAAAUAUAUAUAAAUUUUAAUAGUAGAGUGUAUAGAAUUAAGUUUCUUGAACCAAUAUAUAGAUGGUGGAUAAGAAGAUCACCAGAUACUCAAUUUGCAAUAAUUCCUUAUUUUUUAUCUGCAAUUUUCUUCACAAUUAUAUAUAAUGGAGCAAAUUUCAUUAUUGAAAGAGAAGAUUAAAUAGCAGAAAAGGCAAAAGUAGAUCCUAAUUUUAAUAAAGAAAACCUUGAGAAAUGGAAGUUUGAAAAGCAAAAGUAAAAAUGAAAUUUAUAACCA